AUGGAUGACUGUUGUGCUGUUUGCGCUGAGCCAUUGGAAUGGGUUGCGUACGGACCUUGUUUGCACCGUGAGGUUUGUUCUACCUGUGUCGCGAGACUCCGGUUCAUUUGCGAUGAUCGACGGUGCUGCAUCUGUAAGACCGAUUGCAAUAUCAUCUUUGUUACCAAGGCUCUAGGAGAUUAUACAAGGGUGAUUAAUGACUUUGCAUCCCUUCCGUCUGAGGUGAGGGAAGGAAAGGUUGGGUCGUACUGGUACCAUGAGGAUAUGAAUGCAUUUUUCGACGAUGUGGACCAUUACAAGAUGAUCAAGGCUAUGUGUAGGCUUUCAUGCAGUGAAUGUGACAAGGCGGAGGAGCAACAGAAUGAUGGGUCAAGGAGACAAGCAAAGUUUAGGAAUAUAGGACAGCUGAAGGGUCACUUGUUUCACCGUCAUAAGUUGCAUAUGUGCAGUUUGUGUUUGGAGGGAAGAAAGGUAUUUAUAUGUGAGCAAAAACUCUAUACUAGAGCCCAGUUGAAUCAACAUAUAAACACAGGUAAUUCCGAGGUGGAUGGAAGUGAGAGUGAGAGAGGUGGUUUUAUGGGGCAUCCUAUGUGUGAAUUUUGCAAAACCCCAUUUUAUGGGGACAAUGAACUGUACACACACAUGUCUACAGAACAUUAUACUUGUCAUAUAUGCCAAAGGCAGCAUCCAGGACAGUAUGAAUACUAUAAGAACUAUGAUGACCUGGAGAUCCACUUCCGACAACAGCAUUUCUUAUGUGAAGAUGAUGCUUGCCUUGCCAAGAAAUUUAUUGUUUUUCAAUCUGAAUCAGAGAUGAAGAGACAUAAUACUAUGGAACAUGGAGGACGCAUGUCACGGUCAAAGCGUAAUGCUGCUCUUCAGAUACCAACUAGUUUUCGAUACAAACACAAUAAUGAACAGGAUCAACGUCGUGGAAGAGGACGAAUGUUUCGCCGCGAUCAUUCUGAAAAUCAACUUUCCAUGGCUAUUGAAGCCAGUUUGGAGACUGCUAAUGCUGAGCAAACAUAUCGUGAGCCAACUUCAAGUAGUGGACAAAUUGCUUAUGAUGACGGGGAUGCAGAUAUUGAUUCCAUCAUUAAUCCGUUUGAAUCAUUAGCUACUGCAGGGUCUGAAUCAACUUCAAGAUACCGUCAGGCCUUAGGGCAUGGCUCUAAACCUCUGGUCGACUCCUCCUUUCCUCCCCUUCCCAUAACUUCCAGCAAUGGCCAGCAAAGGUCCAAACAUGAGUUUGAAGGUUCAUCAAGCAAUAAUACUAUGGCUGCACGAUUGCGUAGGAAUGGCAACAGAAAUAUAUCUGUUAUUAACUCUGGAAAUGCCUGGUCUGUAGCAGGUCGUGGACCUGUACAAACAUCAAGUAGUCAUUCACAUUCUAAAAAGUCAAAAAAUCACGCUCUUGGAGGGUCUCAUAACUCUAGCCAAACAAAGACAGUAGUUAGCAGUGGACCUCCACCAUCAAGUUAUGCUAAUCCUCUUGGAGGGUCUCAUAACUCUAGCCAGACAAAGACAGUAGUGAGCAGUGGACCUCCACCAUCAAGUUAUGCUAAUCCUCUUGGAGGGUCUCAUAACUCUAGCCAGAAGACAGUAGUUAGCAGUGGACCUUCGCCAUCAAGUUAUGCUAAUCCUAUUCCAUCUGCACAUAGAACUGCUCAUGGGCAAUUGCCUGCUGGUCCAUCGAGGGACACACGUGACAAUGGUGGAAUUGUUCACUCUGCAUCAGCUCCAAACCUCGUUGAGAAUAACCCUGUUGGAGUUUCAAUUUCUGAUUUUCCUCCCGUUUCUGCUGUACAAGUGAGCAAGUUACAACCUACUAGCAGCCAGCCUCCGUUGAAUGUGGAGAAUGUUCAGUCUGCCAACAAGUCCUUGGUUGAAAAGAUUCGCAGUACGCUUGAUUUUGAUGAAGAUAGAUACACUAUAUUUAAAGACAUAUCUGCUCAAUAUCGCCAAGGAACAAUAGAUACUGAUACAUAUGUGGACUAUGUGCAGCAGUUUGGCUUGUUACAUCUUGUACCUGAGUUGGCAAGACUAUGCCCGGAUGCUCGGAAGCAGAGAGAACUUGUGGAGUCUUACAAUGCUGGUUUGCAAAGAAACACUUUUCAAGAAAGUGACGGGGUUUAUGGCAGCGCUAGCACCCAUCACAAGAACGGCAAUGUUGACAAGAAAGGUAAAGGCAAGUCAAUAGAGGUUAAGCGGAAUCACUCCACUGAGAGAUUAGCAGAUAAUUUUUUAAGCACUGUACAUCAACUACAGUCAAAUUAUAAACCUUCAGAAGAGAAGUUGGAGGUGCUAUCAAAAGGUGCUUAUCGCACUGACAAGGGUAAGUUUAAAACUGAGCUGCAGACUAAUACAAACACUAGCAAUCAACACAAGAUUAAGCUUGGUGGGAAGACUGAAACUUCAAACGGCAAUUUAUCUAAUCAGAAUAAAGAGGAUGGGGGUGGUGGGAACAAGCAACGCAAGAAAGCUUCGAAGUUCCUCAGAGUUCGCCUUGGUGAUGGUUCUGCAUCGGCCCUUCUAGAUCUUGAUAACUCACGGACUACAUCUGAUCAUAUAGAAACAGAUGGUUUAGAUGGUAACAAUAAUGAUUCUGGAGUUGGACUGCCUGUGCGCGGUGUUUGGCGGAAGGGGGGAGGUCAAAAACUCUUCCCCUAA